UCAACAAGUGAUCCCACGUAUUAAUCUUCCAUAUCUUUAUUUUAAUAAACCUACACCAAGUACAAAACAAAAAUAAUUAAUUUACUCAUCAAAGAUAAUCAUAAUACUUUCACUUCCUCCUCCCCCACUUUCUUCACUCUCAAAACACAAUCCCCUCAAUGCACUACUACAUCCUCCCAAUUCUCUUCCUCCUCUCCCUCCGCCUCCUAAAAAGACACCUAUGGAUCCCUUAUCGGAUCCAGGCCCACUUCGCCGCCCAAGGCAUCCACGGCCCAGCCCGCAACCUUUUAUCAGGCAACGCCAGCCAAAUCCGCGACCUAAUCGGGCGGGCCCAACUAAACCCGAUCCGACCCAUCUCACACGACAUCGUUCAUCGAGUAGCGCCCCAUUACGAGCGGUGGUCUGAGCGUUACGGGAAAAGGUUUCUUUAUUGGUUCGGGUCUGGGCCGAGGCUAGCGGUUACAGACCCCGAUUCGAUUAAGGAGGUUUUGAUGGAUCAAACGGGUACGUUUGUGAAAGUCGGGUUCAACCCGUUAUCGAAGCAGUUGUUUGGUGAAGGGUUGGUCGGACUUAAAGGGGAGGAGUGGGCAAAGAGGAGGAAGAUACUGAGCCCGGUGUUUAAUAUGGAGAGGAUCAAGAGUUGGGUGCCUGAAAUAGCCACCAUAACAUCAAAUAUGCUGGAUAAAUGGGAGGUUCUUCAGCGUAAGAAGAGCUCGGAAUUCGAACUAGAUGUUCACAAAGAGUUCCACAUCUUAGCGGCAGAUGUAAUUUCUCAAAUUGCGUUUGGUAGCAGUUAUGAAGAGGGGAAGCGAAUCUUCCAGUUACAAGAAGAACAAAUGGUUCUUGUUUCUCUUGCAAUAAGAAGCAUUUACAUUCCAGGCUUUAGGUUUCUACCGACACCAAAGAACCAGAAGCGGCGGAGAUUGAAAAUGGAAAUUAGUGACUCGUUAAGAAAGCUGAUUCAAGCUAAUGGCAAGAAGUGUGAAAAUUCCAAGAACUUGCUCGGCAUUAUGAUCUCAGAGAAGAUGGAAAUAGAAACAGUUAUAGAUGAAUGCAAGACAUUUUACUUUGCAGGAAAAGAGACUACAGCCAACCUGUUGACGUGGGCAAUUCUUCUUCUUGCGUUGCAUCAAGAAUGGCAGAGCAAGGCAAGAGAUGAAGUCAUAACAAUUUGUGGCAAGCAUAGGAUUCCUAACUCGGACGACUUGAAUGACCUCAAAAUUAUAACAAUGAUCCUAAAGGAAACCUUGCGACUGUAUUCUCCUGCCGUGAUGAUCAACAGGCUCACAACCAGAAAUAUCAAGCUCUCAGGGCUUGAUAUCCCUUCAGGCACAAUCAUCUACAUGCCAACGAUCGCUGUUCAUCACGAUACACAAGUUUGGGGAAAUGAUGCUAAUGAAUUCAAUCCAGAACGCUUCUCUGCAAACAAAGGGCACCAUCUCGGAGCCUUUUACCCUUUUGGAAUUGGGCCCACAAUUUGUAUUGGUCAGAAUCUGGCGAUGACUGAAGCUAAAGUUGCUCUUGCCAUGAUUCUUCAGCGGUUUGAAUUUACGAUAUCACCCUCUUAUGUUCAUGCUCCUAUGUUGCUCGUCACUUUACAGCCUCAACACGGUGCCCAAAUUCUCUUGAGGAAGAUUGUAUACUAAAACCUGGGAAUGUAUUUUCUGUAAUUCCAGUAUGAGGUACUUUGGUUUUGUAAUGUUGAACUGCAACUUAUCAUGUAUAAACAAAAUUGUACAGAUGUACGUUGGUGAUAUGUGUGUGAUAAAAGAAUUGUGUUUCAAUAGAAAUGCAGGUUCAUUUGCAUAUAGAGAGCCUUCUCCACUGAUUUGUGAUA